AAUAGUUUUUCAUUAUAAAGGUUUCUGAAUAGCUGAAAGUCCCAUUAGAGAGCCACUGUGUCGUGAACCUUUUGUAAAACAUGAAAUAAUUUUUAUAUACGUCACGUCCAACGUCACAUUCACCGCGCUGAUUUACAAAUGACAGACGCACGAGCCGUCGCUGCGUAGUAGCCCGUCACGUCGUUUGUACAUCAGUGAUUAUUUCACGAGCCGGAGCGCUCAGUCACCCCCAGUGAAACCGAAGGUCACCUCACCUCAGCGGCUCGUGAACGGGGAGACACGGUAACUGUUCACUAACGCAAUGGACGGCUUUGAUCAGCUGAGCGCGUCGGAGAAGGCGGAGGCGAGCGAGCUCCAGCGUAUGAUCGCCAUAGAGCAGCAGAAAGCGCAGUUCCAGGCCCAGGUCCACACUUUCACUGACGUCUGCUGGGACAAGUGUGUGGACAGUCCAGGCUCGAAGCUGGACUACCGGACAGAGACGUGUCUGCAGAGCUGUGUCGAGCGUUUCAUCGACACCACCCUGACCAUCACCAACCGUUUCACACAGAUGGUGCAGAAGGGCGCUCAUUAAUGAUGGACUAUAGAUGCCAACAGGACUGUGUAAAAUCAAAUAUAUUACCCACAUGCUGCUGGGAGAGAAUGUGAAGAGGACAAGUGUUUUUAUAACUUACUGUUGAAGCUUUCGAACGGUGCAGCCUGAUGGGGAAAGUCUGCACGUUUGUGUGUGCAAUUGGCAGCAAGAAAUCAUGUAAUGUGAUGUGGUGUCAGUAAAGUGAGGCAUUACGCUCAUG